UCGCUUUUCCCUAAUUUAGCUUCACUUCUAAUCCAGAUCUUUUUAUUUCUUUUUAUUUCCCUAAUAUGGUUAUGGGUUCCUUUUAAAAUUGUAUACUGUGUGUUAAACAUUCAGAAGAAGUGAUUUUUAUGAUACAUAAUGGGGAAACAAGAACAAGGGGAUACAUUUAGUUAUCAGUUUAGAUAUCAGAAAAUGGUGCAGGGAAGUAGUGAUAUUUUUAAUAAUAAAGUCAGGAGGGAUAAGUUUGAGUUGUUUCAUGGGUUCAGGAGUAACUCUAUGAAGUUGGGGUCUUUUAAGGGUGGUGGUUAUGUUGUUAAAAGGGGUUCUUGGAUGCGUAAACAUUUUUCGUCCGUUGUUUUCACCGUUGCGUUGAUGGGUUUUCUUUUUCUUUUGGAUUCGAUUAUGGGUUUUAUAUUUGAACCCACGGUUAUCCGAAGUAAUUCUACGUUGAAUGUUUUUUCUGGUGACAAGGUUGGAGAUAAUGGUGGCAAGCAUGUGGUGCAAAUGUAUGAUCGCCUUACAAACAUGGCUUCUAGUGCUCUUGUAGAGAGAGAGCUUAAGCAAGACGAAUCAAAAUUUUGGAAGGAAUCUUAUCAUCAAGCAUCCGCAUGGAGUUACUGUGCAGAUAGAAAGGAAUCAAUAAGGGCCGGAAAACUACAAAGCAACAAUGGUUAUAUAUUGGUUAGCGCAAAUGGAGGCCUAAAUCAACAACGCGUUGCUGUAUGUAACGCUGUCGCCGUAGCAUCAUUAUUAAAUGCAACAUUAGUUAUUCCAAGGUUUCUUUUCAGCAAUGUAUGGAAGGACCCCAGCCAGUUUGGUGAUAUUUAUCAAGAAGAAUAUUUCAUAAAAACAUUGAAGGAUGAAAUUAACAUUGUGAAAGAUCUCCCGCCACAUUUAAAAUCACUAGAUUUUAAAGAAAUCGGUAGUCUGAUAACUGAUGCUGACAUCAGCAAGGAGGCAACACCGGUCGAAUAUAUAAAGAAAGUACUUCCCCUGUUAUUAAAAAAUGGAGUUGUUCAUUUCCUUGGAUAUGGAAAUCGGCUUGGCUUUGACCCGUUACCUGCUGAACUUCAAAGGCUAAGAUGUAAAUGUAACUAUCAUGCCUUAAAGUUUGUGCCCAAAAUUCAAGAAACCGGUUCAUUGUUGAUAAGAAGGAUAAGAAAGUAUGAUGGCCCAAGGAACAAAUUAGAUAAAGAACUAUUAGGAAGUUUUAUUACAGAUCGGUUAAACGCCCCCCUUAUGGAUAGGGAACCACUCAAGUAUAUUGCUUUGCACAUGAGGUUCGAAAUCGACAUGGUUGCCUACUCUUUAUGUGAAUUUGGUGGAGGACAAGUUGAGAAUACCGAACUUCAAACUUACCGAGAAAUCCACUUUCCUUUGCUCAUGCAGCGAUUAAAAAUGUCAAAGCCCGUUUCGGCAGAAGAACUAAGGAGGUCGGGAAGAUGUCCAUUAACACCAGAAGAAGCUGCACUUGUUCUUGCUGGUCUCGGUUUCACAAGUGAAACGUAUAUAUAUCUCGCCGGAUCCCAGAUAUAUGGAGGAAAGUCAAGGAUGCAACCGUUGACUAAUUUAUAUCCGCAUGUUAUCACCAAAGAGGAUCUCCUCUCCCCUAGCGAACUUGCACCCUUCAAAAACUUUUCUUCUCAGCUAGCAGCACUGGACUUCAUAGCAUGUGCCACUGCAGAUGUAUUUGCUAUAACAGAUUCAGGCAGUCAGUUAUCGUCGUUGGUGUCGGGUUUCAGAACAUACUACGGUGGGGGCCACGCCCCGACGUUAAGACCUAGCAAGAAGAGACUUGCAGAAAUUUUGUCAAGGAAUCACACCAUAAACUGGAACGAUUUUGAAGGGAGAGUGACAAAGAUGAUAACCGGAGCACAGAGUGUUCGAUUGCGGGGCUGGGGCCGAAGCAUUUACCGACAACCGAGAUGCCCGGAGUGUAUGUGUAGGUUCCAGUAAUUUUAUUUUGUCACUUUUUUGUAGAUGAUCAUUUCUUCAUUGAAUAUUUGAAUUGCAUAUUGAAGCACAUAAAGAACAUUCAUUUACACGAAAUUAAUGAAAUUUUAGAACACAAAAAGGGAUUGUGAUCAGCACAAUCUCAAUGUUGCAAAA